AUUUCAUACGAAGCGUAUACGUCAAUUAGUCCAGAUGUGUGUCGCAUAUGGAUUGGCAAUGCGUGCAAUUUCUGUUUACACAAUGUUAGUGACCCUCUGGAGUAUUGGUGGACAAUGGAUAUUUCCGGAUAAAUUGCACACCGAAUUCACUGAUUUUAUCAACAAACAAUGCGGAGAGAUACCCUACAGUGUUAGAGCACGACCAGUUUUUGGCAGAGUAUAUGAAAAUCCUUGGCUCGUAUUAUUACGUCAUCCUGAAGAAACGUUGCAUUUUUGCCACGGGACACUAAUUAGCAACAGAUAUGUGCUUACAACGGCAAUCUGUGGUGGGAAUGUAGUGACUAAUGGAAACGUCACGGCACUCCAGCAAGCAACUGAGAUUGUAUUAGGUGAAUAUGAUCUUAGUACUGCAACGGAUUGUAUAACUACAUGGAACUGUUCGUUGCAAACUACUCGAAGAUCUAUUGAUAUAGUGAAGAUUCAUCCUAAUUUUACUACUAGCUUUUAUGAAAACGAUAUCGCGUUACUUUUUAUGAACGCCUCGGUACAGUUCGACAACAGAUAUUCGUCCAAUAUGCUUGCCGUUUGUAUCCAUAGUAGAUAGUACUAAUGUGCAGCAGCAGACUAUAUACAAUACGAUUUGGUCUAAUGACAGCAUCCCGAGACAAAUUUGGAUGCGUAACGUUCCUAGAGAAAUUUGUCGAGAACAGAUAAAGAAUCUGUUUGCUUUAACCGAAGGUCAUAUAUGUGCCCGAAUCUUUGGUAAACAUUCGGUUGAUAUGAAUGGGAGUGCCGGUUCUGCAUUGCAGGUCGAUUAUCAUGGCCGCAUUUUUGAGUACGGGCUACUAUCGGUUGGAUUUCCCAACGAAACUAAUGCAGCACCUUAUUUAUAUAUCGACAUAGCAAAGUAUAUAAACUGGAUUCAUGAAUCUUCGUCCAUUUGAUUGAUAAAACCACAAAAAACCGUUUAAGAG